AUGCCGGACGCGCAACAUGUCCGCUUGCAGGAGAAGUCAUGGCCGCAUCUCGUCGCGGGCGGGGCCGGCGGUAUAGCGACUGCGAUAGCUACGGCACCUCUGGACGUUUUGCGCACACGUUUACAAUCGAAUCUUUACUCGCAUCUUCGGCAACGCAUUGCAGCCACGACCAUGCCUCAGGCGUCGUUUACAAGAGUAUGGCUUGAUCGCGCAAAAACCACAAGUCAAAACUUGAUGUCAGCACAAAAGCUACAAGGGUGGCGAGGAUUAUACACGGGACUUGGACCGAGCAUUCUUGGGAUAGCCCCAGCGACCGCGAUCAAGUUCUACACGUACGGGAAUUGCAAACGCAUCUAUGCAAAUUGGUUCCAUGUCGAGGAUAGUGCAUCAAGUGUCCAUACAGCUGCUGCCGCAACUGCAGGCAUCCUCACCGGAACAGCCACGAACCCAAUUUGGCUCAUAAAGACACGGAUGCAAUUAGACAACUCGCCAUCAACUUCACUACCUCGCCACCGCAACAGUUUCCAAUAUGCCAUGCAGAUCUUCAAACAAGAGGGUAUUCGAGGGUUCUACCGUGGACUCAGUGCAAGCUACCUCGGUGUCGCGGAGAGUGCCCUUCAUCUCGUUCUUUAUGAAAGGAUCAAGGAGAUUUCGCAAAGCAGUGUCGACAUACCUCCAGAAGUCGUAGAUUGCGAACUACCAUCACAACGCACACCAUGGUACCGAAUCCUAUCCUACCUUGGAAUUGGCGGCUCCGCUGGCAUUGCAAAGCUAAUUGCCGGGGUGAUCGCAUAUCCCCACGAAGUUAUACGGACACGUUUGCGUCAAGCUCCACUGCCCAGUGGAGAGCUCAAAUACACAUCGCUGAUUCAGUGUUCCCGAACGAUCUGGAAAGAAGAAGGGGUGCUUGCGUUUUAUGGAGGGAUUACACCACACAUGUUGCGCGCUGUGCCUUCAGCUACGAUAACGCUUGGAGUAUACGAGGCGGUCCUUCACUAUCUUCGAUGA